UGUAAUGUUAUUAUGAUUCUGCAUCUUACAUCUGCUAUUUUGUUUUCAGUAUGAAGCUAUCUGAAUCAUUAAAUGCAAGCUUAGUUUAGAAUUAUAGAAAACAUACACUACUAGAAUCCAGAAUUUUAUUCUAUGGUCACACUUUCCUACUGACUAGUUUUUUCAGCACAAACCAACCUCCUGAUCAUUGAGCAGGCCCCCACCGCCACCUCCACCGCCGCAGCCAACCUCAUGGCUCUGCUAACCUCAAAACAAGCUGUCCAGGCAUUUUCAGGCUUUCUGUUGGCUUGUUUGCUUGCUUUUAUUUGUGAGGUUGUUUUCUUCUCACCAAUAUCCCCCGACUCACUUGAAUUUCCUUCAACAACAUCUUUGUCUUCCACUUUUCCACCAAAUAACAAAUUACAGGGAGUGACUAAACUUGGAGAGGGAUUUCUCGAGGACCCGGAAGAUGUUGCUGUGGAUAAAGAAGGCAUAAUUUAUACAGCUACAAGAGAUGGUUGGAUAAAAAGAUUGCACAAGAAUGGCUCCUGGGAGAACUGGAAGAUGUUAGGUGGCCCAAAUCUUCUGGGAAUUAUUACAACAAAAGAAGGUGAUAUUGUUGUAUGUGAUACAGAAAAGGGUUUGCUUAAGGUUGGUGAAAAUGGCGUAUCAGUAGUCACUUCACAUGUUAACGGGUCCAAAAUAAGAUUUGCAGAUGAUGUGAUCGAAGCAUCGGACGGUAGUCUAUAUUUUAGUGUUGCAUCCACUGAGUUUGGAAUCCAUAAUUGGUAUCUAGAUGUGCUUGAGGCAAAACCUCAUGGUCAACUGCUCAAGUACGACCCAUCAUCAGGAAAAACUUCAGUCAUACUUGAUGAUUUGGGCUUUGCUAAUGGUGUUGCUCUCUCAAAGGACCAAGAUUAUCUGGUGAUCUGUGAAACAUGGAAAUUUAGGUGUCUUAAGUACUGGCUCAAGGGAGAGAACAAAGGAAAAACAGACAUCUUUAUUAAAGACCUUCCUGGUGGACCUGACAACAUUAAUCUUGCUCCGGACGGGUCUUUUUGGAUCGCUUUACUUCAUCUGAGUACUGAAGGGCUGGAGUUUCUCCACAAGUCCAAGACACUGAAGAAAUUCAUAGCAACAUUUCCAAAACUAGUGGAGCAAGUAAAAGGCCUGGAACGGAAAGCGACAGUGGUGAAUGUGGCAGCUGAUGGAAAGAUUACGAAGAAAUUGGAUGAUUGUGAUGGAAAGGUGAUGAAGUUUGUUACAACAGCUAUUGAGUUCGAGGAUCAUCUUUACUUGGGAAGUCUCAGUUCCAACUUCAUUGGGAAGUUUCCACUCAAAAUUGCUUAGUAUGGAAAUGGAGACUAGUUUUGCACUAGGAGAAGAGCAUUCUAUUGGCGAAGCACAUGUAGGAGUUUCAGAUACAACACUAGAUUUAUCUUCAGUGGUGUGUUCUCGAUGACCCUGAUCAGGAGUAGGAGAAGUUGCAGCUGAAGUUUCUGGUUGUGAUGGAGAGCUGGCAAUGGCACCAAGCCGAUCAUUUAACUCAACUGAAGUUGUGAUUGAUAGCCACCUCACGGUACUUGCCACUUGUGAAUAAUAGAAUGAUUUACCGGUUUUCCCGUAUUUCUUGUAACACUCGUUUUCAAGAAAAGUGGCUGAUAUUUCCACUUGAUGCCUAUGCAAAGAAACAUUGAACUAUGAAUACUAGGAAAUUCUGUAGGGCUUUCAGGCUAAAUUCUUUUGCUGACAACAAUGUAAAAGGGAUGGAAUCAAUUGUUGAUUUGAAAAUUCUUUAGGACUCAAAAAAUGAAAUAUUAGCAUACUUUAUGUUGCCAAGCCGCUGCUGAGCUUGCUUGAAAGCGUUUAGUAAUCUUUGCCUGCUUGAUUCU